AUGCCGCUCUACUCGGGCCACCACGCCAACGAAAAGGCGGAGGCGGAGGAUGGAGAGAGCAGGACAUGGUCGAUGGAGAUGCAAGGCGACGAGCCGGCUGGGCAAAGGUAUGGCGAUGCGGAGCGUGUGGGGCACGGUGUUGAUACCGGUGCGGACGACGAAGCGCAGGAGAGGCUGCUGAGCGGCGGUGUGGAGGGCAUUUACGUUGCGCAUCGCAGCGACGGAUCGCCUCGCAAAGGGAGGCGGGGAGCGUGCAACAGGUCGGCUCGGAGAUGUUGCGUCAUCGUAGUCCCUGCCGCACUGCUCUUGACGCUCCUCUUCGCCUUGCUGCGCAACUCCAACACAUCCACGCAGGCAGCCAAGCCCGCUCUGGAAAUUGAAGCUGAAGGCUCUGCGAACACGACCUCCUUCAGCCCCAUCGACGCCCUCGUCGACCCUUCCGUCUUUCAACUCGCAGCGAGCGGUAGCGAGUGGGAUGUGAGCCAAGCCGUGCGGACGCGCACGUACGACUGGACCAUCUCCGAAGUGAUCGCUGCUCCAGCCGGCGUCUCCAAGCGCAUGCUGGUCGUGAAUGGACACUCGCCUGGACCGACAAUAGAAGCCAACGUAGGCGAUAGGAUUGUGGUGAGGGUGAGGAAUCGUAUGAUCAAUGGCACUGCCAUUCACUGGCACGGUCAGCCUCUGUCUGGUGCAGGUCAAAAUUACAUGGACGGCACCAGCGGUGUAUCUCAGUGUCCCAUUCCACCCGGUGCAUCCUUCACCUACGAGUGGACAGUCAGGACCAGCGGGACGUAUUGGUGGCACGCGCACUUUGAAGGUCAAUACAGCGACGGCUUGUACGGCGCUCUCAUACUUCACGAUCCCAAGGAUCAUUUGCAGCUGAUCGUUCCUGGAUCGCGUGCAAAAGAAGAGAUGCCAUCCGAGUCCGCUCUGAUAGCCCAGCAGUCUCGAUACCAUCACGAUCGCGUGAUUCUCAUGUCCGACAUUUGGAACGACCUUUCGAGCGCUUACUUGGAGGGCUACAUGUCCUUUGAAGGUCCACCUGGCGGGUGAGCGAACUGUGCGCGCAUCGUCGCGAUGAUGCUUUUGACUGACUCUGCUCCCUUCGUGCCGGACGAACGAAUUACCGACAGAGUGCAAGGUGAUGAGCCGGUCCCUGAUUGUGGCAUUGUCAAUGGCAUUGGCCACUGUGCAGGUGGUCUGCAACACAGCCCUGCCUCUCUACCAGUCUUGCCCGACAAAACGUAUCGUCUACGUCUACUCAACGUGGGCUCCCUCGCCGAGAUCCGUUUCGAAAUCGAAGGUCACUCGCUGAUCGUCGUGGAGGCGGAUGGGACAGAAGUGGUGCCUCACCGCGUCAAGAGCCUUACCCUCGCCGUCGCUCAGCGGUACAGCGUGCUGGUGCAAAUGGAUCGAGGAGCGGAAGGGCAAAGGAAGUGGAGGAUCAAAGCGGACCUCUCUGAUAGCAUGUUUGGGUAUGAGCCGGAGCACUUGAUCAAGGAGCAAGCGAUGGUGCUGCAGUACGAGCAGCCCGUGAAGCACGACGAAACUGAAGGUUCAACGGCCUCGCUGCCCGUGCCAGACCAUCAGAUCGACCAGUCGCUUGACUCUUCAGCACUUGUGCCGCUCAUCGUGAGUCUUUUGAAGGUGCUUGGUGAUGCAUUACGGCGCUUAGCUCUUCUUCUCCUGUACGACGUCGACCACGACAGCCCAUUGCGGCCCCAAACAAGGUGGACAGGCAAGAGACGCUGCUAGUGUCCUUCGGCCUGACUUCCUCCAGCGUUUACCGAGCUUUCUUCAAUGAGACGUCUUGGGAGAUGCCGCCGGCCAACGGAAGCAGCGUAAUGGCACUGAGGAACCAGAAGCCAUAUCCUGACCAGCUCGUCUUCAAGAACGACCAGACCAUCGUCAUGGAUCUCAUCAUCAACAAUGAGGUGAGCUCAGACCGCCAGCGCUUCCGAUUUCCUUCAGUCCGCUUCAGCUUUUGCUGAAUCAUCCACCUCUUGGCUUGUACGGCGCAGGACGAAGGAGAUCAUCCGAUGCACAUUCACGUGAGUAACACGUCUGAAUUUACUCUGACCACGCGAAAAGCGUACCAACCUCGACCUGCUUUCGCUGACGCUACGCUAUACGGACUGCCCGACAGGGCUACGUCCCCCAACUAUUAGGCACAGGUGCCGGCUUCUUCAGCUACGAUCAACCGUCUCUAGAUUUAAAGCAAGACUUUCCAAAUCCGAUGAGACGAGACGUGUGGACCGUGCCUGGCUUCAGCUGGACAGUCAUUAGGCUCACCUUGGAUCUCCCUGGACUAUGGACGUUGUGAGUCGCUGUGCCAAAAUUGUCGGCAUGGCAUGGCACUUGACCGGCCGACAAAUGUCGCUCAUUUUUCCACCCGCCCAAUUCACCUCCCAAUCACACAGUCAUUGCCACCUGCGCGAGCACAUGGCCAUCGGACUUGUCGCAGCCUUCGAGGUGCUGCCGAGUCAGAUGGGCGAUGUCCCCAGCGCUAACAGGGCACUUUGCGAUGCGCAAAGCAAAAUCUGA